GCUGAUAGGAAGUGGACAGACAGAUCUCACAGUGAGGCAGGAAAAGUCUGAUCUCCCUUUGAUCUUCUUCUUCAGGUGAGACAGGAUGACCCCGCCAGGGCACGGAACCCCCGGAUGACGUCUGCAGCCCCCUGAAUAGAGAAAAGCUGUCGAUUUAUUGUUCAGACUGGGAGUGCUGGGAGAUCUGGGUGUCCAGAGACGGGUUAUUUGGAAUUUGGAGACUUGACUGGACUGUACUUUAAGGAUCUGGUGUGUGUGCAUGUGUGUGUGUGAGAGAUGUGGUGGUUUCAGGAGGGGAUGUGUUUUCUGCCCGUGCUGCUGGUCUGUUGGACAGCGGCCACAUUUAUCUUCGCCUACAUCACAGCCAUCAGUCUGAGACAUGUCGACCCGUUCGUCCCGUACAUCAGUGACACUGGCACAGUGGCUCCUGAGAGGUGUGUGUUCGGGCUCAUGCUGAAUGUGUCUGCGUUUCUCGGUAUUGCCACCAUGUAUGUGCGCUAUAAGCAGGUGCAGGCGCUGACGACUCUGGAUCAGAAGCGUGUUCACCUGCUGAACUCCGCUGGCUUCGUGCUGGGCUGCACCAGCUCCGUCGGCAUGUGCGUGGUGGCAAACUUCCAGAAAACGACACUGUUCUCUAUGCACCUGGUGGGGGCGGUGUUGACGUUCGGAGUGGGGGCGCUGUACGUCCUGGUCCAGACCCUGCUGUCCUUCAGCAUGCAGCCGCACAUCCACGGCAAGAACAUAUUCUGGACACGACUGACCCUCUGCUUCUGGACCUUCAGCAGCAUCAUCAGCAUGUUCGUGUCUUCUCUGAUUAUGUACAGCAGUUUACCUGGAGUGGACGUCCCCAAAAAACUGCACUGGGAGCCCACUGACCCGGGUUAUGCGGCCCACAUGGCCAGUACAGUAUCAGAGUGGUCUCUGGCCUUUUCCUUCAUCAGCUUCUUCCUCACCUACAUCAGAGACUUCAAAAAGAUCAAUCUGAGAGCGGAAGCAGACCUUCAGAGCAGCACCCUGCAUGACUCCGCCCACCACACCUACACACACACACCUGGGGAGACAUCACCAUUGCUCGCAGGGUCCAUCUGAAACACACACACACACUCACACACACACACACACAGAUACGAUCCUGUUCUGAAUUCCUUUCAGGUAUUUUUGAAGAUUUUGAAGGAUUUCUGUGGAUUCCGUCUCACUUUAGUACUUUCUUGAAUUCUUGUAUUUUUAAUACUUAAAGCAGCUAACAGAUCAAUGUUUGUGUUUAUUUUUUUAAUUAACCAUUAAAUCGCUGCCCUGCAAAUGGUCCUAACCUUUUAUAAUGAAGAGAACAACAAAAAUGACUCAGAAAUAUGGUACAUUACAUAAAUGAAAGGGCUCAUAUCCUGGAAAAACAGAUUCUCAGUUUAAGAUCAUUGGCGAAAGUGAUGUUCACUCUCUGGUAUAGAGUAUAGUCUGUAACUGUUGUUCUCAAACUGUGGCGCAUGUACCGCUGUUUGUACACAAAGCAUCUUAGGGUACUACACCAGAUACCAGAUGCAUACAAAAAAUGUGAAGGAUUAAAAUGUAGAACGUUUUAAAUUGUAAUUUUCUAAACUUCAGAUUUGUUUAAUAUGUAAUCCAGUAGUAAGACCUUAUAGAUAACCCCACACUUAGUUAUUUACUCGCUUAACUACAGUUCUAUCUAUAGACCUAAAAGAUUUGAACCCUGUGGAGAAUUUUCCACAAUUUCCUACUAUUUUUACUUUGGGUUUAAUAGUUUAAUGACUAACAUAGGGUUCAAACGGGUGGCAAUAGAUACUGUAGUUCACUACAAUGCAUUGCACUCUUUUUAUUUCCCUCUGUUAUUUCUAGGGGUGUGAAAAUAUAUCAAUAUUGCGAUAAAUCGUUUCGAUACGUGGUGCCAAAUAUAAUAUAUAUAUUUAUUGAAACAUAGACACUCUAUACUCCCUCGCCCCUUAAUCUGACUUACUAAAGUGACUGCCUCAUUACUCCACAUGAUGGCGCUAUAAUCAAUUGAAUAGGGUGAAUUUUGUAAUUUGGAGAUAUGCAGUCUAAAAAAAAGUUAGAAAACCACUUACUGUACUAUGUACUAAUAUGCCUCAAAUACUGCCUCAUUUCUGUGUUCUUCACAAAAUUAAUAUUCAUAUAUAUAUAUACUCAUAUAUACAGGGAUACUUACAAACUAUAUUUACAUAUAUUAAAUCAGUCUGUCUCCAUCUAUUACACUGACAGAAGUUUAGCUUCUUGCAUUGAGCUUAAAGCAGUUAACAGCCUGGGCUGGAAAGAGGUGUAAAAAUGUUUGUGUAAAAUACAUGUUUGUGAAUGACAUAAGCUGCAGAUUUAAAACACUCAAAACUACACAUAAAAAAAACAAUGGAAGCUCUUUUCCAUCACUUAAAAUAAGGAAAAAAUAAUCUGGCCUUUUUUUCAUAGUUAACUGAGAUACAAAGUCAUAAUUUUGAAAUACUUUUAAUUACUUUUGAGAUACUAAGUCAUUAUUUUAAGAUAGUAUCUGAUCAUUUUGAGAUAUGAAUCAAACUUUUGAGAUACUAAGUUGUUAUUUGAAGAGACCAAGUCUUUAUUUUGUCUGAUCAUUUUGAGAUAUAAAGUCAUUAGUUUGAUAUAUUAAGUCAUUUUAAGGUAUUAAGCCAUUAUUUUGGGAUAUGAAGUCAAUUUUAAGAUACGAAGUCAUUAUUUGAGAUAGUAUCAUAUAAUUUUGAGAUAGUAUCGUAUCAUUUUGAGAUAUGAAGUCAUGAUUUUGAGAUACUAAGUCAUUAUUUUGAGAUAGUAUCAUAUCAUUUUGAGAUAUGAAGUCAUGAUUUUGAGAUACUAAGUCAUUAUUUUGAGAUAGUAUCAUAUCAUUUUGAGAUAUGAAGUCAUGAUUUUGAGAUACUAAGUCAUUAUUUUGAGAUAGUAUCAUAUCAUUUUGAGAUAUGAAGUCAUGAUUUUGAGAUACUAAGUCAUUAUUUUGAGAUAGUAUCGUAUCAUUUUGAGAUAUGAAGUCAAUUUUGAGAUACUAAGUCAUUAUUUUGAGAUAGUAUCAUAUCAUUUUGAGAUAUGAAGUCAAUUUUGAGAUACUAAGUCAUUAUUUUGAGAUAGCAUCGUAUCAUUUUGAGAUAUGAAGUCAUGAUUUUGAGAUACUAUCGUAUCAUUUUGAGAAAUGAAGUCGUAAUUUUGAGAUGAUUUUGAGAUUUUGAUACUUUUACAUUAUUUUAAAAUAUUAAGUCAUUAUUUUAAGAUGAUAUUUUGAGAUUCUGAUAUAUGAAUCAUAAUUUUGAUAUACUAAGUGAUUAUUUUAAGAUAGCGUCUUAUUGUUUUGAGGUAUCAAGUCAUAAUUUUGAGAUACUUUCUCAUUAUUUUAUGAUACUAAAUCAUUAUUUUAUCUGAUCAUUUUGAGAUAUGAACUAAUUAUUUUGAGAUUUUUGAGUCAUUUGAGGCUAUCUUAUUUUUAUUUUGUAAUAUAUUUUUUAUGUCUUCAGUGAAUCCUUUCUUUAGUGAAAUAUCUUCUGCACAAUCUACAGUUAUCUCAACAUAAUGAGAUAGCGUCUCAAAAUAAUGACUUCGCAAUAGCACUAUACUUAAUAAUAGAAACAUAAAUACGUGCUGCAGUUUUAUUUGUAUUUUAAGUGGUGGGAAUGGGCUUCCACAAACUACCACUAUUUAAGGAUUUUCCCACUUGAACACUUUAUACUCAUUCCAGCAGGUGGCGCUAUUAACUAAAGACUGAUCUCACAUGGUGAUUAAUGAGCAUCACACCUAUUAACCUAUUCAGCUGUUUUAAAAUGAAAAAUAGAAAUGUGUUAUUAUUAUUAACUCAGAGGGUGUAUUUUAUUUUAUUUUAUUUUAUUUUAUCGCAGCCUGAGCCUGACUGAACCUGAGAUUUAAUCGCUGUAUCACUCUGAGUUAUUAUUCUACACUUUAAUAAGAAGUUUUAUUUUCACUGUAUGCAGCUGUUGUGUUUUAUUUCUGUUCAUAUUUGAAGGUUUUAUGUUAAAUUCAGUAUUUUGUGCUUUAAAGACAGAAGCUUUGUCUUUAUGGGUUGGUUCCAAUUAAUAAAAUCAUCUAGAAUAGUUUAAUCAUCUUUUAAUUUGUAUUUAAGACUGUUUAAGGACAGCUGACAAUAUUAACAGUGAAUAAAAGUGAUAAGCUAAAUGCUAAGGCUGUGUUCACAUUAUCAGUCUGAAGUUACUCAAAUCUGAUUUUUUCAGGGCAGUGUGGUUGUACAUCAUAAGUUACAUAAGAUUCUUGGUUAUGUAACGUGGAUCUUGAGUAAUUUUACCUCUACACAGGAAGAACAGGUGUACACAGGUACACACAGGUGUUGAUCAGAAAAACAAGUUUACCACCAGGAAGCACCACUUAAAAACUCUGAAGUCAGACACAUUAAAAUGAUUGAUGCAGCACAAGCCAGACAUUUAAUUAACGCUAAGAAAUAUUAAUGUAUGUUUUGCAUGUUAAUUUUAUUAGCAACAUUAUUUUCAAGCAGCAGAUUCAUAAGCAUUAAAAUAAAUAAAUCAUUUUUUAAAAAGCU